AUGGCUUCCUUCGUUAGAAACUCGAUUUGGGCCAGAGUGUGCCCUGGCGAUCUUGUAUACGACAUAGAAUUUGAGUCUUUGUUGCUCACUCAUAUCGCAUUUUCGGGGAAACUGCUUUCCGCAAGCUCGUCCGUCACCAUUCAUUUCGUAGCAGAUUCUGGCGAGAAACGUAUUUGGGAUGUUGGCACCCUCUUAGCUCACGAGAGAGAGCACAUCGAAGUGUACUUCCCUUUCUUUAGCAAUAAGGUAUAUUCCGUUCAUGUUCAAGGACCUUCUGACAUUUGUCUCGCUGGUGUAAACCUCAAUGUUGGGACCAGCGAGUCGACCAGAUACUGUGUAAGGUGUGGGGGCGACCCCCCUCCAGCACCCCUUCGAGCAUUGUGA